AUGCCAACUUCCUCCUUCUCUUCCUACAUCCACAUCUCCUCCAACCUCCCAAAGAAAUCCUUAACCCCAAAAAACCCCUCCCUCCGCCCGAUGAAACCCUCGAAUUCCAACGGAGCGGUAGCGAAGAAGGAGAAGGUGGUGAGGUACAGAGAGUGCCGCAAGAACCACGCAGCCAUCAUCGGAGGCUACGCAGUCGAUGGGUGCAGGGAGUUCAUGGCUGCAGGUGAGGAGGGGACCAGCGCCGCGCUGCAGUGUGCAGCUUGCAACUGCCAUCGGAGUUUUCACAAGCGGGAGGUCGAGACUGAGGUCAUCGUUUGCGAUUGCUCCUCAAAUUCUUAA